UGCUGAAUUAUAUAAUGUGCCUGGUCCUAGCAGAGCUCAUGUUCCCUGACUCGCGCUUUGGCCUUGCUAUGCAUGUAAAUGGUGUAGCCGGGUUGUUCGAAACUAGCGGACCGGACCGAUUCAAGUCAGGAGCUCUGCAGAGCCUUUUUGUUGGAUUUCGACCUCUACUGAUGGUCCAAGCCAUUCAAUCCAGAAAGGCAACCUUCAUCGCAUCAAAGGAAUGGAUUGAGAUACCACUUUCUACAUGCAAUCCAUCAUUAAUGCAGCAGCUCAUCAACCUCGUUGCAAAACUUCCGUUCCUUCUCGAGGAAGCCGACCGGUUUAUAAGGACACCCUGUGAAACAGAAAGUGCCCAGGUAUCAAAGCUGUGGGACGACUAUAUAGAAUUACUUUUACAACUGGAAAGGUGGGAGGAAGCACUCAAUUGUGAGAGGCCGGGCUUCUGGGCCCAGUCUUCUCACUCAACCCUACGGAUACCGAGUCCUCCGGGUACGCCUCUCUGGUUCACAAACAUCACGAUGGCAAACUUCUGGGCGCACAUGUGGGCUUUUCAGGUCAUAUGCGCCGUCGAGCUUGGUCGCUUAGAGGCUUCGUUCCAAAAUUGGGGAUCUCAGCCCUUCAAGCAAGGGAGGUUCUUCUGUUCCGAAGACUCUCAACGAAAUAUACAAUCCAUCUCGCGCAAGAUAUGUCUUGGUAUGGAAUACCUUGUGCAAGAUGACAUGAAGUUAUUUGGACCUGCAUCUGCAAUCCUUCCAUUGGAAACUGCUUACAAAGUGUUCAAUAAGGACAAUCAAAGUAGUAUGCGAGAAAUGAUGUAUAUUGAGAGGAUAGUGGACUGCCUCGUCGAGAAAGGACUUCAGUCUACACCUUAUCUUGUUUAUGGAUAAUGAAGAAUGCACGACAGUUGAAUGCAAAUCUAGCCCCGCUCAAACGAAACAGAA